AUGCGAUUUGUAAUGCAAAAGUAUUGUAAUACUAAAUGUAACUGCUGUGAUAAAGAGAAUUACGAUGGUAAUUAUGCUGAUUAUGAUGGCCAUGUUAGUAAGGAUAUCUAUGAAUGUGUUAAUCAUGAUGGCAGGAAUAACGGCGAUAAAGCAAUGAACAUAAUAGUGAUACUAAAGAUAGCAAGAGUUCAAUGCAGCGGUUGUGUCUCCCACAGCGGACGCCUCCAAAUCACGAGGUUCAAAGGGCAGCUGAGCGGAUCGGCCUUGGCGGCGCUGCCCUCGAGUCUCCAGGAACUAUAUUUGGCUGUGAAGGACGACGACCACUACCAGGAACUUCUUCCCGCCCUGUCCUCGCUCCCAAGGCGACUGCUACAGCAGAGAUGCUUUGGCUUGCACGUUCCUGCGAGUCUAGACGCGGUGUCGCUUCGGCCUCUGCCCGGCGAGGUUGUUCCUUCCUUGUGGGUGAGCGCCGUCGAGGAAGCGACGGUCGAGGGGGCGAGUCAGGUCGUCGCGGCGCUGCAGCCCUCAGGAAGGUACUUCAGCCUCUCCUUCCCUGGGGCGUGCGAGGAGGAGGAGGCUCUCGCUCGCCUCGUGGAGCAGCUCGGCCGCGAGGGAGUCCGGGUCGGGGGAGUGUCUGCGUCUCCCCGAAUCGACGGAGGAAGAGAAGGGCGGCUAAAAGGCCUCGUGGAAAGGGGGUUGCGCCGUGACUUUUGGACGAUGGAAGAAGAAAGGAUCUGGAGAAUCCCAAAUCAUUGAGUGCAAUGCCAGAAGCAGCCGAGGGAAGCUGACCAGUGCUGAGCCUCGCCCUGCUGGGGAUUUUCACCUCUGCCUUGGUCGUAGCACCAUCAUGUUCAGAUAUUUUCUUGCUUUUCUUAAACAUAUAUCCCGUAUAUAAAAUGUGUAGGAUUACAUGUAAUUCAUUCAUAUGCAGAUAAUAUGAAGAUUUAUUUACUGUCUAGUGAUUAAAAUACAUUUUAUAAUUUUAUAGAUAUAUUAAAUGACAUGUAUUUUGAGAUAUUCCUGGGCUGUUAUUCAGAAUGAUAGACAUUAUGGCAAAUGAUUUUGCUUCAGUUACAUAAUCCAGUGUUUGAUUAUAAGUUCUCCCUUUAGAGUUUGGCAUUUGGUAUUUUCAUGCUUCUCUUUCAUAUGGAUGCUGAUGUCAGGGGCCCUUCCUCAUUCAGGAUUUUGGUCCCUGGUAUUUUUAGUUAAGAUAUCCGUGGUGAUGAAGUUGGUUAAUAUAAAUGUAGAUUGAGUAUCCUUUCAUUACAAAUAUACAGUUAGAUAACACGUUCCCAUUGCUUCUUGUGAGAAUAUUGGACCAAUAAAUAAUAAGAAA